UAGGGUAGUUAAUGCGUUAUUUUGUGGAAUAUUUGUAUUUUACCUUUGAAAUUUUAUUGAAAUGAUAUUCCUCAAUUAUACUUAGAUUGAUUGUUAGGCAAUUUAUUAUGACUUUGCCCUUAAUACGUUAAAAAAGGUGAACAUGUAUCAUGUAUGUCAAUGUGUAGCCUGUAGGUACCUACACGAAACGCUUCGACAUGACUGACUCAAGGUUGAAGGUCAUCUGAGAAAAGAUUUCAUGCAAAUUGUUUAUUUGCCUGAAGAUUGGUCUGCUUUUGAGCCUUGAGCCAAGGCUCAUUUGAUCUACCUACUUGAGUCCUUGAGCAGCUGGACGCCGACAUCAUGUGGAUGCGCACCGCCGAGGCGGCCGCGCUCACACACGAGGCGGUGGCCGAGCGGCUGCGCGUCGACCCGCAGCACGGCCUCAGCUGGGCAGAGGCCGGCGUCCGACAAAAGGUCUACGGCACCAACAGCUUCGAGGUCAAAGACGCCGACCCGCUCUGGAAAAAGUACCUCGAACAGUUUCAGAAUCCGCUGAUCCUGCUACUUUUGGCAUCAGCACUCGUCAGCGUGCUAAUGCAACAGUUCGACGACGCCUUCAGCAUUGCAGCGGCCAUAUCAAUCGUAGUAACGGUUGCCUUUAUACAAGAAUAUAGGUCAGAAAAAUCAUUAGAAGAAUUGAAGAAAUUGGUGCCUCCUGUGUGCCAUUGUCAGCGGUCGGGGCAGACGACGAGUUUUCUGGCCGAGGAGCUGGUGCCCGGGGAUGUGGUGCACUUCAGUGUCGGUGACCGGGUGCCGGCAGACAUCCGACUGGUGCAGGGCGUUGACCUGGAGGUCGACGAGAGCAGUUUUACCGGCGAGGCGAAGCCGGCUCGGAAAGAUGCCAGCGUGUUGUGUGAGAGCAACGUCACCUCGAAACCCAACUGUCUCUACAUGGGUACCCUGGUGCGGUACGGCAAUGGAAAGGGUAUCGUGGUGUCCACGGGCAUCCGCUCCGAGUUCGGUGAGGUCUUCAAGAUGAUGGAGACCGAGGAGUCUCCCAAAACGCCCCUCCAGAAGAGCAUGGACGACCUGGGCAAGCAGCUGUCGGCCUACAGCUUCGGCAUCAUCGGCGUCAUCAUGCUGGUCGGCUGGCUACAGGGCAAGCCGCUCCUGGAGAUGUUCAACAUCGGCGUCAGUCUGGCGGUGGCCGCCAUUCCCGAGGGCCUGCCCAUCGUCGUCACAGUCACACUGGCGCUCGGAGUGAUGCGUAUGGCCAACCGGAAGGCGAUCGUCAAGAAACUGCCGACCGUCGAGACACUGGGCUGCGUGAACGUGGUAUGCUGCGACAAGACGGGCACGCUGACGACCAACGAGAUGACGGUGACGUCGAUCGUCACGGCCGAGGGCUACCAGUGUGACGUGACGGGCGUGGGCUACAGCGCGCACGGCGAGAUCCGGCCCGUCACAGAGAACAUGGAGCAGUGCAAGUACUCGCUCUACGGACUGUUCGAGGUGGCUCUGCUGUGCAACAACGCCGACUUUACGGGCGACACGCUGAAGGGAACGCCAACAGAGGGCGCGCUCCUGGUGGCCGCCAAAAAGUUCGGCCUGCACGACCUGCGCCAGACGUCUCAGCGUCUGGCCGAGGUGCCGUUCCGCUCCGAGACCAAGGUCAUGAUGGUGAAGGCUACCAAGCCGGGCGAGUCCACCGAGCUGUGGUACUGCAAAGGCGCCCUGGAGAACCUGCUGCCGCGCUGCUCGGCCUACUCGGUCCACGGACGGCCCGAGCCGCUGACGCCGUCACGAAUGGAGAAAAUCAAGGCCGAGUCGUACGAGAUGGGCCGGCGCGGCCUGCGCGUGCUGGCACUGGCGCGGGGACGCGAGCAGGAUAACCUGGAGCUGGUCGGCAUGGUGGGCAUCAUGGACCCGCCUCGGCCGGGCGUGCGAGACCAGGUGCUAAUGCUACAGAUGUCCGGAGCCCGGGUCAAGAUGCUCACAGGAGACGCGCGCGAGACAGCCUGUGCCAUCGGCGUACAGCUGGGCCUGCCGGUGACGUCCAACUCGGUGAUCAGCGGCGACGAGAUGGACAGGUGGAACGACCACCUGCUGGAGGAGAUGAUCGACAACAUCACCAUCUUCUACCGCAUGGCGCCCAAACACAAAGUCAAAAUCAUCAAGGCGCUGCAGGCCAAACACUACAUCGUGGCAAUGACCGGUGACGGUGUAAACGACGGCGUGGCUCUGAAGAAAGCCGAUAUCGGUAUCGCCAUGGGCAAAGUCGGUACAGAUGUCAGCAAAGAGGCGGCCGACAUGAUCCUGGUCGAUGACGACUUUACCACCAUCAUGAGCGCCAUCGAGGAAGGCAAGGGCAUUUUCUACAACAUCGGCAACUUUGUGAAGUUUCAGCUGUCGACCAGCAUCGCGGCGCUGUCGCUGAUCGCCCUGUCCACACUGCUGGGCAUCCCGAACCCGCUGAACGCCAUGCAGAUUCUAUGGAUCAACAUCAUCAUGGACGGCCCGCCCGCUCAGAGUCUGGGUGUGGAACCGGUGGACAGGGACGUGUUGAAGCAGCCGCCGCGCGACGUCCGGCAGUCGAUGAUCACGCGGUCGCUGCUGCUGAACGUGCUGCUCUCGGCGUCCGUCAUCAUCUGCGGCACGCUCUGGGUGUUCCAGAGGGAGAUGAGUGACAACAUCAUCACGCCACGGGAUACCACCAUGACGUUCACCUGUUUCGUGUUGUUCGACAUGUUCAACGCGCUCAGCUGCCGCUCUCAGGUGAAGUCGGUGUUCACCAUCGGCCUGUUUUCGAACAAGUUCUUUUUGCUGGCGGUGGGCGGCUCGCUGGUUGGUCAGCUGUUUGUUAUUUACUUCCCGCCGCUGCAGCGUGUGUUCCAGACCGAGGCCCUUUACCUGUCGGAUCUGGUGUACCUGCUGGCCAUCACGUCCAGCGUGUUCGUCGUCUCCGAGGUGAAGAAGUACCUGGAGCGCAGCGGGCGCAACAGCCGACCGGCCAAGUCUCACGCCAAGAGCGGCUUCAACCGCACAGAUAUGGUGUAGCGUCACUCAUGACAGUCCCCUCGGACUAAACUCUAGUUAUCCUUAUAUACGGCAGCCAACACAGAAGCUCGCCGAAACAGUGUGAUGAGACUUACGAGGCACUUUGACGGCCGAAUAUACUGCAGUGCAACCAUAGCGGCAAUUAUGUGGGUGUGUCUGGUUCGGGCUGGGGGUGGUUGAACCCGUCCGGUGACUCGGAAUCUGACAGGGAGCGGGUUAGUGUGAUGUGUCCAUGUGUCUGUGAGUGUGCGGCUGUUUUGGCCCGGUCAGGGUAGCCCGCAGUGCGGAGGGCUCAGGACCGCGCGGCGGGCUGUGUUCACUUCUUGCCACCGGCCCAGUGGUAUGUCCUAGCUGGGCGAGAACUGGCAUUCAACGGGCUUUACGGGCGGUUUUAGGUUGUCGAUGUGUUGUCGUUCCUUUAGGGAUUAUGUGGUGCGAUUGGUGACGGCGACCGAACAAUGUCGCUUUUGAAUUGUAUGUACAUGAUUGGUCAAUAUAAUAUUAUACUCAGACAUGCAA